AUGCAAAUACACGAGGCCAGUAGUUCUCGUCCUUUUCGAAUCUGUUCAUGUGUAUUUCUCUCUCUCUCUCUGCCCCGAUCUGUUUAUAUAUCUAUCUCUUUAAAAAUAGAUCUAUCUAAAUCUGUUCGUAUCUAUCUAUCUAUCUCUCUGCCCCGAUGGUUACUAUCUAUCUAUCUGCCCCGGUUUGUUCCUAUCUAUCUAUCUAUCUCUCUGCCCCGAUCUGUUCGUAUCUAUCUAUAUCUCUGCCUCGAUCUGUUACUAUCUCUCUCUCUCUCUCUCUCUCUGCCCCGAUCAAUCUAUCUGGCUCGAUCUGUUCCUAUCUCUCUAGCUAUCAAUCUAUCUGUCCCGAUUUGCUCCUAUCUAUCUCUCUAUCUAUCUAUCUAUCCAUCUCUGUCUCGAUUUGUUCCUAUCUAUCUGCCCCGAUCUUCGUGCUUGUCUGCCAUUACUAUUUUUCUUUUUCUUUUUCGAUACACUGUUUUUUUUAACCUUGAACCAGGCUAG